AUGUUAUCAGCGGAGGAACUAAAAAACCAAGGCAAUAAAGCAUUUUCUCUGAAGGAAUAUAAAAAGGCAGCUAAAAUAUAUAGAGAUGCCAUACAAUUAGACCCAUACAAUCCAAUUUUAUACUCAAACCGAGCACAGUGUUUUCUCUAUUUGCAAGAUUAUGAUCGUGCUUAUAAAGAUUGUGUAAGUGGUAUAAAUUUGAUCAAUAGUGAAAACCACCAUCAUGGGAGUACUGCAGUGUUGGUUAAAUUACAAUAUCGGAAAGGUAUGGCUUUAAAAGGUCUACAGAAAUGGAAUAGUGCAAAGGAAGCUUUCAAAAAAGUGUUGGAACUAGAUUCUUCAAACCAACCUGCCAAAACCGAACUAAGCAACUUGCCAAUUGAAGAUAAAAUGGAUGUUAGUAUUAAGAUUCCAGUUGAAAAAGUUGAAAAGUUACCUAAAGAGUUUUCUGAAAUGAUAAAGUCACCUCCUCCAAUGGAAAACAAACCCGUCAAAGAACCGAUAGUGACAACAGCAGCAACUAAAGAAAUUGAAACUUUGUUUGGGUCUUCCAAGAAACAAGAUAACUCUAAACCUUUGGGAAAAACAGAAACCCCACACGGUAGCAAUAAAGAAAAUGCAGAUUCCACUUCUACGGCAAUGCUUCUGCCAAUGCAUUUUCUUACGACACUCAAACAACUACCAGAGGAACAAAAAUUAAACGGGUAUAGGUAUAUUUUAAACAUUGAUAAUCAAUCUUAUGCAGAUAUUUUUAGUUCAGGCAUUGAUGCCGAAUUUUUACAGUUUUAUUUGGAUGCAGCUAGUUAUGUUUCAACGAAUGACUCAUUAUCCAACUGGAACCAAGUUGUUUUGAAUCAUUUGAGAGAAUUUAGCACUUUUAAAAGAUAUAACCUUUCUUUACUAAUGUGCGAUGAUAAGCCAAAGCAAACCAUUUUACAAAAUAUCAAAAAUAAAUUCCCAGAAGAUUUAUCGGAAUAUCAAAAAUACAUAUCGUAG